GUUCCAGUCAUUGAAACUGACCUCACCCUGGACCCUGGACCCUUGUAGAUGGACCGUGCCCACAUGCCUCUAGUGGGAAUGCUAGCGCCACAAGGGUCUGUGGCCAAUCGCACCUUAGCCUCAACUCAGCCUUGCAUAACCUCCUGGCUCCCCUUCCCCAGACAAGCGAGGGAUGGCAUGUAGUUUGAUGUACCUACCGAAGCCAUCAACCUCAUCCAUUAUCCCUACAAACUCCCCGUGAUGGCGUCUCCUUCUUUUCGCUCCAUUUUCGCCUACGCAGGAAACAUUAUCUCACAAUUCCCUCUCUUCUCCAACGGCCUCCACCGCCCUAGCCCUGCCACACAUUACGACCCCCUCAGCGGCGCUCCAUCAUGUCCAUUAGACGGGGAUAUGAGUUGCCACAACAGCACGCCAGUGGCCGGCGACAACUGCUGUUUCGUUUAUCCCGGGGGGAAAUUGCUGCUGACGCAGUUCUGGGAUGAGGAGGUACAUGUUGGCGGGACAGAGGAGGACUGGACCCUCCAUGGGCUAUGGCCCGAUCUUUGCGACGGCACCUAUGACACCUUCUGCGGCAUGACGCCGCGCUUCGACAACGUCACUGAUAUCCUGAAACAAUACGGCCAGCAGGAGCUACUGGAGUUCAUGGAUAGGUACUGGAUAGCAGCAUCCGGCCCGAACUCCAAUCUCUGGGGCCACGAAUACAACAAGCAUGCCACCUGCAUCAACACACUCUCCCCAACCUGCUACGGUCCCUCCUACAGCACAGGGAUCGAGGCAGUCGACUACUUCACCCGCGCGGUCGCGCUCUUCCGCACCCUCGACACGUACACCGCCCUCGCGCGCGCCGGCAUCGUGCCCCACGCGACGCGUGCCUACCCGCUGGCCGACGUGCGCGACGCCCUGGAGCGCUUCGGCGGCGGGCGCGUCGUCCUCAGGUGCGGCCGCGGCAGCAAGAGGGACGCCCUGCACGAGGCGUGGUACGUCUACUUCGUCAAGGGGAGCCUGCAGACGGGCGAGUUCGUCCCCGCCGCCGAGCUGGGGAGGGAGGGCAACGCGGGGAAUUGCCCGUCCAGGGUGAGGUAUUUGCCCAAGAGGGCGGGGGUUGCGGGUGAGCUUCGAUAGAACUGGAUAGGCCCCUGGGGAAA